CUUAGUACGAGCGUGUUGCGUUAGCGUCAGCGUGUCAGCGUGUAAAGUUUGACGUUGUAAGAUGGCGUCUGAUAGCAGCUACUUCAAAACGAUCAAUUCCUCGGCGCUUAUUGAGGAAAUCAAGCAGCACCCCGAGCUCUACGACCCGAAGAUUUCCAACGGCAACCCGGAGAUGAAGCGCCACGGCUGGGAAGAGGUAGCCGAGGGGCUGUUCGACAAACAGUGGGUGAUGUUCGCAGCGCAGGAACGAGAGGCGAUAGUUCGGGAGCUGCAAGUCAAAUGGAAAUCCCUUCGCGACAACUUCACGCGAGUUCUGAGAAAAGAAAAAGAAGAAGAACAGUUAGGAGGAAACCAGAAACAGAAAAAGAAGUAUAUAUAUUUCGAUCAACUGAAAUUUCUCACACCUUAUACCAGUUUUAGAAAGAAAGUGGAUAACGUAAUUUAUUUGGACGAAAACAGAGACAACGAUUCCUUCCAAUAUGCCUCAUCUGCCGAAGAAAAUCCUCUUCAAACUUCCUCGCAAGACAACUCUGUGCAACCCCUUCAGUUUGUUCAGAUACAACCAAGACCGUCUGUUCAAAUGUCCAAUAUUUCCACAACGGAAGAAGAAGACAGUCCAACUGCAACCAAACGAAUAGCGACAGUACUAGAAGAAAUCGUAGCGAUGCAAAAAGAGGACAAAUCUGACGAUAUCAUGGGAAAUAAGAAAUUCCUCCUGUCGCUACUGCCCUUCAUGAAAAAGUUGCCAGAUGAUGUGAAUUUGGAGGUGCGUUUGCAGUUGAUGAGUGUAUUACAGACCUAUACAAGUGGAAAAAGUAUGUUCCAUUAGUGUAACAGUUUUUGUCUGAUAGUGUUAUAUUAUAAUGUUAAGAAAGGAUGAUUUG